AUGAGAGUAAACUAACAAUCUGAAAUGGUGUACCUGAGGAAAAACAACCAGGAGAGAAGACAGCUACUCCUGUUGGUAAUAAUUCUUGCAGCUUGGGAAGCAGGGAGCAGCGAGCUCCAUUACUCAGUCUCCGAGGAGGCCAAACACGGCACCUUCGUGGGCCGCAUCGCUCAGGAUCUGGGACUGGAGCCGGAGGAGCUGGUGCCGCGCCUGUUCCGGGUGGCGACCAAGGACCGCGGGGACCUUCUGGAGGUAAAUCUGCAGAAUGGCAUUUUGUUUGUGAAUUCUCGGAUCGACCGGGAGGAGCUGUGCGGGUGGAGCGCGGAGUGCAGCAUCCACCUGGAGGUGAUCGUGGACAGGCCGCUGCAGGUUUUCCAUGUGGAGGUGGAGGUGAAGGACAUUAACGACAACCCACCAAUGUUCCUGGCAACACAAAAGAAUCUGUUUAUCCCAGAAUCCAGGUUGCUUGACUCUAGACUUCCACUAGAGGGCGCCUCGGAUGCAGAUAUUGGAGUCAAUGCUGUGCUUACUUAUAGACUGAGUCCCAAUGAGUAUUUCUCUCUGGACAUCCCGCCCAGCCACGAGCAGGUAAAACCUCUUGGGCUUGUAUUACGGAAACCUUUGGACAGGGAAGAAGCUCCUGAGCUGUGCUUACUGCUCACGGCUACCGAUGGAGGCAAACCGGAGCUGACUGGCACCGUUCAGUUGUUCAUCACAGUUCUGGAUGCCAAUGACAAUGCUCCAGUUUUUAACAGAACACUGUAUACAGUGAAGUUACCAGAAAAUGUUUCUAUUGGAACGUUGGUAAUUCACCCCAACGCCUCAGAUUUAGAUGAAGGAGUGAAUGGGGAUAUAACUUAUUUAUUCUCUAGUGAUGUUUCUCCGGAUGUAAAAUCCAAGUUUCAUAUAGAUGCUGUGAGUGGAGAAAUUACAGUGAUAGGACUUAUUGAUUUUGAAGAAAGUAAAGUGUACAAAAUUCAAGUAGAGGCAGUUGAUAAAGGCUUCCCGCCAAUGGCUGGUCACUGUACAGUUCUUGUGGAAGUUGUGGACAAAAAUGACAAUGCUCCGCAGUUGACUGUCACUUCUCUGUCUCUCCCUAUUGCUGAAGACACAAAGCCAGGCACAGUCAUAACUUUGAUUAGUGUCCUCGACCGGGAUUCUGGGACAAAUGGGCAGGUGACCUGUUCCCUGACGCCCCAUGUUCCCUUCAAGCUGGUGUCCACUUUCAAGAAUUACUAUUCCCUGGUCCUUGACGGCGCCCUGGACCGAGAGACCAUAUCUGACUAUAAGGUGGUGGUGACCGCGCGGGACGGGGGCUCGCCCUCGCUGUGGGCCACGGCCAGCGUGUCCGUGGAGGUGGCCGACGUGAACGACAACGCGCCUGCGUUCGCGCAGCCCGAGUACACGGUGUUCGUGAAGGAGAACAACGCGCCGGGUUCGCACAUCUUCACGGUGUCGGCGCGGGACGUGGACGCGCAGGAGAACGCGCUGGUGUCCUACUCGCUGGUGGAGCGGCGGGUGGGCGAGCGCGCGCUGUCGAGCUACGUGUCGGUGCACGCGGAGAGCGGCAAGGUGUACGCGCUGCAGCCGCUGGACCACGAGGAGCUGGAGCUGCUGCAGUUCCAGGUGAGCGCGCGCGACGCUGGCGUGCCGCCCCUGGGCAGCAACGUGACGCUGCAGGUGUUCGUGCUGGAUGAGAACGACAAUGCGCCCGCGCUGCUGGGGCCUGCUGUGGGCGGCGCGGUGAGCGAGCUGGUGUCGCGGUCAGUGGGCGCGGGCCACGUGGUGGCGAAGGUGCGCGCGGUGGACGCGGACUCUGGCUACAACGCGUGGCUGUCUUAUGAGCUGCAGCCGGCGGCGGGUGGUGCGCGCAGCCCGUUCCGCGUGGGGCUGUACACGGGCGAGAUCAGCACGACGCGCGCCCUGGACGAGGCUGAUGCGCCGCGCCAGCGCUUGUUGGUGCUGGUGAAGGACCAUGGCGAGCCUGCGCUGAUGGCCACCGCCACCGUGCUAGUGUCUCUGGUGGACAGCGGCCAGGCUCCAAAAGUUUCCUUGCGCACAUCAGUUGGAGAUUCCAGCUCCGAGGUUGAGCUGGUGGAUGUCAACAUUUACCUGAUCAUUGCUAUCUGCGCGGUGUCCAGUCUGCUGGUGCUCACGUUGCUGCUGUACACCGCGCUGCGUUGCUCAGCGACGCCCACGGGGAGCAUGUGCGGGCCUGGGAAGCCCAUGCUGGUGUGCUCCAGUGCGGUGGGGAGCUGGUCAUACUCGCAGCAGAGGAGGCAGAGGGUGUGCUCUGGAGAGGUGCCACCCAAGACUGACCUCAUGGCCUUUAGUCCCAGUCUUCCUCCUUGUCUUGGAUCUGCAGAUGGAGCUGGAGAACCACCUCCUAUUUUGGACUCCUCUGGGAAGGUGGGUUGUCCUAGAAUCUUAUUGUUAUAA